GAGGAGAAGGCAGAAUGGAACAUUACUAUUGAGGGAGGUGAGCGAGCCGGACGCACUGAGAUGCGUCUCCUUGCCCGACGUGACUAAGGCUUCUCACACGUACUUCAUUCACUGCUCCCUCGGCAGUACUUGGUGGAGCUUCGAGCCUUCUCAACGUCUCCAACAUCUCCAGCAGCUCCAGUGAACACCCUCGUUGAUUCCUACGUUAGCCUCUGCGUGUUUGUGUGGGGACAAUUAUGCAGAUGUGAUAUUCCAAUCAUUCAAGAAUUACACAGUCCUUACGUGUGCUGGCAUCUGUUACUUAUAGCCCAAAUUACGUGUAGGAUACAAUCAUCUUCAUCCACUGGAUGUGGAGAACAUCCAAGCGGAAGAUUUGGUCGGGCGAUUCGGAUAACUACCUGUCCAGGCGUUGAAAUCUCCCAGCGGUUGCAUUGUGGGGUCAGCCUCUGAAGUGACACUCUCUCUCUAGUCUCAUUUCUCUCCUUUAUUCAGGAGAUGAAACAAGGUUUCAGUGUGACAACAUUUCGCUCAGUGAUGCCAAAUAUUGUGCUGUGUUCGUGAAUAUUUACGGAAGAGAUACAAAAGUAACUUCCCAAAUUGAUAGACGAGAAUCAUGUAAACAGAAAAGUAUGAAUUUUGUCGUGGUAUUUAUGACAAAGGUCAAGUGACCCAUUUGUCAUUUAUAAUAUCUAUGUUUCAAACUUUGCGUAUUUCUGGUGGCAAAAUAAUUAUAUUAAUUGCAUUAUUACCCCAGAUAAAUAUUUUAUGUGAAGUAUUUGAUAAAAAUGCAUUAAGGUGUUGACAUGAGAAUGAGUGAAGCGAAUGGAAUGGAGGCUGGAAUCUCAGUGUAAAGAUGCUUUAUCUAGUGAUAAUACCGUGCCAGAUGAGGUAGUGGUAGACAGUACAGUGACCCAGCUGAACCAGUGCCAAACAAAGUAAUAGCAGAUAAAACAGUGCUACCCAAAACAGUGCCAUACGAAACAGUGCUAGCCAAAACAGUGCCAUACGAAACAGUGCUGGCUCAGUGAUAGCUGAAACAGUGCCAGACGAAACAGUGCUGGCUCAGUGAUAGCUGAAACAGUGUCAGGCUAACUAGUGUGAGUCGAUAGUGCUAUCUGUAACAGUGCCAGAGGAAGCAAUGCCUGGCUCAGUGCAGUGCCAACUUCUAUCUUCUCAAAACAGUUUGGAUUUAACUCAACAUCACAGGUAUCUAACACCUCAUUGUAGGCCAUAGAACAUAAAAACAAUGAAAAAUUAUGAAUACUCGAAACAUUACAAUGAAGCUUUAUAAUGCAAACUUACUUUGAAUACUAAAAUCGUUACAAUGAAUACAAAAUAAACAUGGCUGAACAUCCACCAUCCAUGGAGACUCAGAAGGUGACGACAGAUGUGAACAACGAGCUGCGGUGUGAUGUGUGCGGGCGAGAGUUCGACCGCCGGUCAAGGCUGGACGCUCACUACAAGACCCACACGGGUGAGAGGCCUUUCUCCUGUCCGUUCUGCGGCAAGAGCUUCGCCUCGAAAGGCAACUGCAACACCCACAUGCGCGUUCACACCCGUGAGCGACCUUAUCAGUGUCCACAUUGCGAGAAGCGGUUCUCCCAACACGGCCAACUCGUUAUACACAUACGGCGACACACGGGAGAGAAGCCGUACGUGUGUACACAUUGCAAUAAAGGUUUCACCUGCUCCAAAGUGCUGAAAAUUCACGUGAGGACGCAUACGGGUGAGAAGCCUUUCCAGUGCGAGCACUGUCAGAAGGGAUUUGCUGCUUAUGCUAAUCUAGUCGUCCAUCGAAGGAUACACACGCGGGAGCGGCCGUAUGCGUGUCACUUGUGUGGCCGAGCCUUUGAACACUCUGGUAACCUGAGCCGCCACGUCCGGGUUCACAGAGUUGAUAGCGGCGUCCGCUGCAUCCCGUGUGGCCAAGUUUUUUCCUGUGAUAAGGACCUCGUCAACCACACGGCGCAGCAUCAUCCUAACGAAUACGCUCGCGAGGACGAGGCCGACUUGGAGGCUUCGCUGGUUUCCGAACCCUCCACCAUCAACCUAAAAGAUUUAGAGCAGUUCCAGCCUCCAACAGGUUUUCAUUGUGGUUUACCCCCGCCAAGUGAACCGCAGCUUACUAUUCUGACACCUUUGGAGCCGGCAGCUGCUAUCGAAACCGUCCCUACGGCACCGCCCCCAGAAGCCGAAGAAGAGCCGGCGCUAACUGGGACUUGCAUCGUUGUGAGCGACUCCGAGGACUCUGGUCGUGAGUCAGGAGGUAGCACAGGCUAUGUUACGUCUCCUGAUCAGGUCUUCGACCGAGGAACUCACCAGUCACCGGAAACCAACACGAAAGCGGACGAGACAGCAGUAACCAUCGCAGAAUCUACAGUACCAGUGCGAUUGUCUUCCCCAGUGUCCCAGCAGGAGGCAUUAAGAGAAACGAACACACAGAUGACUUACGAAACACCAACACCAGCCCCAGUCUUCAGAAUGCCCCCAAAGAAACAACAGUACCCGGGAGGGGGUCGAUCUACGUUGAGUGUCCUGAGAGCAGCGCUCUCGUCUCAGCGGCUUCAAGCACCCACUCCAGGUUCCCUGGUAGUAAGUCAACCGGCACCACAGCAACUGUCAACUAUUUCCUCCCCAUCUAUCACACUUCCAUCCGAGCCUAUCUUCCAGCCCGAGACCAGUGGACCCAACUCUCCGCACUUGAACAUCCAUCAGCUAUCUCUUGGCCACCAUACUGGACCUGGUAGCCAUAUAUCCCCAGCGGGUCUGGGAACUGGACCUUUCCUCCGGCCAUACCCAUGCAACCAUCCCCCAGGACCCGAACCACAGAUUCCAACGGCAGACUCUAACGGCACAAGUUCCUCACUGCACUACCGGUCAAUCUCAACCCCACACUCGUCUUCCACCGUCGAUACCAACCCACUAGAUCUAUCUCAACCUCCUGUAAGUCACGGCUACAACAACCCUGUUACGACGGAAAGUUUACCUCUUAACCUGUGUCAGAGACUAGGAGGAAGUCCUGUUGAAUCAUAUCCGGGGAGUUAUGUUGCUCCCCAGACCUCUCCUUCCUCCCAUCAUCUUAUGACACCCCACUCGAACCACCUUCUAGCGCCCGCUCUUCCUUCCUCACCCCCGCAGAGAUCUAAUAUUCUAAGAAGGAAGUCUGCCGAUGUAGGUCACUCUGAUUUCAAAAGAAAUAAAUCACGUAAGGUAGCGCCUCCUCCUCUAAUCCCCAUCCAUACUCCGGAAAAGCCGGCAGCAAGCGUUGCAACCUCUUGUCAUCCGCAACUACCGCCACCACCACCUCAUCCACCCCCACUAUUACCACCACUACCACUUCCCACACCACCUCAAUUACCACCACAAUCAACUCCCCAGCAACCAAUACUACCACCUUUGCCUGCUUCCAGCAUACCAUCCUUCACUCACCAUCUCUGCACUACUAUCAACACACACACACACACGACACCUAUCCAGGCCGUUCCUAUAGUAGUCACUCCUAUCCACACUAAAACCAUCCCCACCCUCCCUACCCCACCCUCCAGCACCACUUCUCUCCCCGUCCGACCCAACCCAAUCCCUCCACCGUGCUCCAAAGUCGAAAAUCCUGACAUCAUCAUAGAAACCGACCCAUCGAAAGACAAACUCACUCUCCUCGGGAAUCCGGUUCCUCUAGGAGCAUCCUGCCUAUCAGACCCUUACCUAGGCGCCCCCUCGCCCCUAGAAAGCAUCAGGGAAAACAUACAGAGAUCCCUGAUGUCCCUGAUGCCAGGGGAACACGAGGCAGCCGGAUUUAAGAGGAAGGUAGAAACUGCUCUUGUUGUCCUGGUCGGCGAGGCACCUAUGAGGCAGCUUGGAUACCCUGAGAAGACCGCUGAGCAGGUGCUGAUCACCAUCUUAGACAUGGCUGGUAAGACUCCAUGUGCGGACGUGCGUGUUGACGAACUUCAGAGGCUCAAGGUGAAUAUGCGCAAGUUCCUGGAAUAUGGCUUCCCCUCCAGGACGAGCUGGGAGGAACUGGGCUGGAACGGUAAAUCCAUCGAAAACAUCAUGGAAAACAUCGUCUCCUGGAUCUCCAGAAGACACACAGUCGAUCUCAAGCUCUUUGGCGGAGGCCAGCUCAUAGGAGAGGGUGGAGGAGGUGGAAGCGGCCUCCUAGCGGCUAAUGGAGCAACUGGAAUUGUCCCAGCUAGUGACACUGAUGAUUUUAAACAUAAUGGAACACCCCUGAAGGCGUCUUAAUGAUGAUUUGAGGAAUACUGGAUCCUCUAGAAGGUAUGAAGAGAGUCGAAGGUUACAUCUUAGCCGUCGUCCUCCUGUGAAUACUGUGUACAAAUAUUUAUGGUAUUUAUUUGGA